AUGAUUGUCAAGUUUAAGAAUCGAAUCAAAGCGACUGACAAGGUACACAAUGCAACUGCAAGAAAGGAUAUACCUCUGCUCGAGAUUGCCAAGUUGAAGGUACAAUCCAAGACCAGUGAUCUUGGCUACCUGGGUCUGUUCGACACGCCAUUCGCUCGCAUCAUGCCAUUCAUCAUCUCUCGUGGUCGCAAGAUGAUUGGGACGAUAAUAAAGGACGACAUUGAUUGCAUCAAGCGCGUGCACACUGAUGGGUUCGUCUCGACCAAGCCAUGGACAGAGAAGACAGGCAAGAAGUCACUGGACUACCCCAAGUUGGGCAAGGAGUGCGGGGACCUGCGAUACGAGGGCUUCUGUCCUGACGCAAUUGUCAAGAACAUGACCAAGGUCAAUGGAAAGUUUAUUGUAUAA